CCGGCUUUAUUUUUUAGUCCCAGGGACCCAGUGUUGGCAGGCCAAGUCAAACCACAUCCAAUAUCGAUCUUCGGCGUCUAUCCCCACAGUGCCUAGCAAUUGUAUCAGUGCCAUGUGUGCGUCCAGAAACCCACCCGUGAUAAUGCAGCUUCUUCAUCUUCGUCGUCAUCGCCAUAUUCCUUUUAUUUCGCUCUGUUCUCGUUACUGUCCUCACUCCUCUCGCUUGCUCGGGGAUUAGGUUCGCACGUACGGAGUAAUAAUAACAACAAUAAUAAUAAUCUGCCCAGGACCCAAAUCCCAUCCCCCAGCAAGCUCAACGACCUGGUACUUUCAGCCUCCCACUCUUCACGUUCUUUUUUCUCCCUGGGGCCGGGGUUGCUCAGUCCCUUGCCCUUGCGCAUGGAUCAUGGGCCACAUUGAAAUAAUCUCCCUGGUCGCUACCCGGGCUUGUCCCCCUGCUCUGCCAUGCUCUCCCCUGCUCCUCCGAUACCGACAAGUGAUCCGUGCCGGCACCUCUCAUCAACCGCCUUGGACCUUGACGCGGUUUUUUCGGUGGAUCGCCAUUUUAAAAACCACAAUCUCCAGGGGAAACGGUUCGACACGUAUCUCUCAACACCACUCUGUCAGCGACGUAGGCUGGUCUUGGCUUGCCUCUGGUCUGCUUCUGGUCUGCGUUUUGGGCCGCUUUGGCUUCUCGGCUUCUUGGCUUCCUUUUCUUUGCACGUCCACACCACCCCGGGCAGACUCAACUUGCAAUGCAAUCUCAACUUGUCGGAUAGAGUGCCUGGAUGCAUCCAGCCAUCCGUCCUCCCUCCUUGCCACGCACCUGGAGGCGUUCUCUGUGGCUUUGUAGCUAGCCUGCUAGCCUGCUGCACAAUUGCAUUAUUGGCAAACCGGCAAUCUGUAUUUGUGCCUUGAUCUACCUCGACCGUUUGGGAACCUUGAGAACCUUGGGAACCUUGGAGAGAGACCUGAGUAGCAAGGCCAUGCACGCAGGUGUGGUGUCAGGUCAUGUCAUAUCAGGUCACGCUUUGCCCGUGCCCCAGAGCGCCAUCCUCCAAUACUCACCUGUCCAGUCGUUGCCCACCGUCGACCCUCCAUCAUGAGCUCGGGGAUCCAGUCUUCAGUCAGCUAGUCCCUCCUGUGCGUCCGUCUUGCAGCUACCCGGCCAGCCAGAGGCAACCUCUCAGCAAACGACGGCGCCUCGUUGCCCGUUUCGCCGCCUCGAUACAACGACGUUUGAGGUAAC